GAAAAAAUCCAACAAUUAAUGGAAGAAAUGGAACCCUACGUCCAAAACUCCAAACAGAUCUGGGUAACCCCAUCAUUUAUCUAACCCCGCUCGCCGGCUCUGCAUCUUUACUCUCCGCUGACUCCACUCUCGCCUGCAGGAAAAGCCCAUCAACUCGCUGCUACCUGUCCCCUUACGUCCGUACUCCGUCGACUGUAAGCAUCCCCGUUAUAUUCAGCCCGGCCGUGGUCGAGGCUUUUGGCGCUGUUUCCGGCCAACCACGCACUAGGUGGAGUGUCCUACACGUACACGUGUCCACCAUUGCCCCUGUGUCCGCCACGCCAUUUUCCCAAGUCUGGCGUGUCCCUUUCAUAGAUCCCAUGGAAGUGAAUCAGCUUAAACCAUACACUUUAGUCAUGUCAUAGAUAUCUCAUUGUCAUGUCGUCUAAAGGCUCAAAAACUAAACCUGACCAUGAAACACGUGCCAGGCGACAAAAGGCACUUGAAGCUCCAAGAGAACCUCCACGCUCUAAAACACACUGGGAUCAUGUUCUUGAGGAGAUGGUAUGGCUGUCAAAGGACUUUGAGUCCGAGAGAAAAUGGAAAUUGGCUCAAGCAAAGAAGGUUGCAACAAGAGCAAGCAAAGGUGCAGACCAGGCAUCAAGAGGAGAAAAAAAAGUGAAGGAAGAAGAGCUACGCUUGAGGAAAGUGGCCCUGAAUAUAUCCAAGGAUGUAAAAAAGUUUUGGAUGAAAAUCGAGAAGCUGGUUCUCUACAAGCAUCAGUUAGAGCUCGAUGAGAAGAAGAAAAAAAUACUUGAUAAACAGCUUGAGUUUCUUCUUGGGCAAACUGAGAGGUACUCAACAAUGCUGGCAGAGAACCUAGUUAGCUCACCAACACAGUGCAAGGGGAUUAAGAAAUCCUCUUGUCAGGAAAACUUGCAAACUCAACAUGGAGAAGGAACUCUAGAUGAUGAAAACAGAAGUGCUGAAGAAAAAUUUGAGUCUCAGUCAGUUGUUCCUGAUAGAGAUGAUGAUUAUGGUUUAAUGUCUGAGGAUGGCUCAGAAGAUGAUGAGCAUACAAUUGAGGAAGAUGAAGCUCUUAUUACUAGGGAAGAAAGAGAAGAAGAACUCGAUGCCCUACAAAAGGAAAUGGAUCUACCUAUUGAGGAGCUUCUGAAACGUUAUGCAAAGGAGCAAGUCUGCAGAGAAAAUAGCCUAGUUGAAGAUGACAAUGUGCCUAAGGUGAUUAGCUCUCCAGAAGAUAAUGCCAAAGAGGGAGAUUUUGCAGUUGGUUCUGAUAUUGAAAGAGACACCUCCUCUCCAACUCCUGGUCGUGGUUGUGUUGAAAACAAUGGUGUUUUGUCAACUUCUGAUAAUCAUUUGAAAGAACUGGAGCCCAAGUAUAGCAACACACGAAGGAGACUCCAGGGUUCCGGCAAAAUGCAUAUUUUAGAUGAAUUUAAAAACGAGCAGGAUGGUGUUGAUGAUGAUGGUGAUUUUGUUACAGCUUUUGAAGACAGUGAAAGUUAUGUGGAUGAUGAGACGACUCUUUUAGAGGAGGAGGAGCUAGCAAAGGCAGAGCCAAAUGGUGGGGAAAAUGAGAUUCUACUUUUGCAAAUGGAGGGUGAAAUUCCUAUAGAUGAACUACUUGCAAGGUAUAAAAAGGACAAUGAGUAUGAUGAUAGUAUGAAUAGUGGCUCUGAAUCUGCAUCCUCAUCGGGUUCUGAGGGAUUAUCUGGUUCAUCAAUGCACGGAAUGUCCAAUCUGAAAAUACUGGAUGAUGAAUCAAGAGUUGUGCAACCCAUUGCAUGCCCUGAUAAAGAAGUUAAUGAAACUGAUGUUGUGGUUAAUUCUGGUGAAGGAGAAAGUGAGAAUCGACUUGCUGAUGCAGCCGCAGCUGCUAGAUCUGCACAACCAACGGGUAAUACAUUCUCAACAACAAAAGUGCGUACUAAGUUCCCUUUCCUUCUGAAAUAUUCUCUACGUGAGUACCAACACAUUGGGUUGGACUGGCUUGUGACAAUGUACGAGAAGAAACUAAAUGGGAUCCUAGCAGAUGAAAUGGGUUUGGGGAAGACAAUUAUGACUAUUGCUCUUCUUGCUCACCUCGCCUGUGAUAAAGGAAUAUGGGGCCCUCAUCUCAUUGUUGUCCCGACUAGUGUCAUGCUUAACUGGGAAACUGAAUUUCUCAAGUGGUGUCCUGCCUUUAAAAUACUGACGUAUUUUGGCAGUGCAAAAGAGCGGAAGAUAAAGAGGCAAGGAUGGUUGAAACCAAAUUCUUUCCACGUCUGUGUUACAACUUACAGACUUGUAAUACAAGACUCCAAAAUUUUUAAGCGGAAAAAGUGGAAGUACUUGAUUUUGGAUGAAGCCCAUCUUAUUAAGAAUUGGAAAUCACAGAGGUGGCAGACCCUUCUUAAUUUCAACUCGAAACGGCGUAUUCUGUUGACUGGUACUCCGUUACAAAACGAUCUUAUGGAGCUGUGGUCUCUGAUGCAUUUUUUGAUGCCUCAUAUUUUUCAGUCUCAUCAAGAAUUCAAGGAUUGGUUUUGCAAUCCCAUAUCUGGUAUAGUUGAGGGGCAAGAAAAGGUGAACAAAGAAGUUGUUGAUCGUCUGCAUAAUGUCCUCCGCCCCUUCCUACUCAGACGAUUGAAAAGAGAUGUGGAGAAACAGCUCCCCCUAAAAUAUGAACAUGUCAUCUAUUGUAGACUCUCAAAGAGACAGCGCAAUCUGUAUGAAGAUUUUAUUGCUAGUGCUGAGACACAAGCAACUCUAGCUAGUUCAAACUUCUUUGGCAUGAUUAGUGUUAUUAUGCAACUCCGUAAAGUCUGCAAUCAUCCUGAUCUAUUUGAAGGACGCCCUAUUGUAAGCUCUUUUGAUAUGAGUGCCAUUGAUAUCCGCUUGAGUUCUUCUAUCUGCUCAAUGCUUAUGCCCAGACCAUUUUCUGCUGUUAACCUUGUUGGUUUGGGGCUUGUAUUUACUCAUCUGGAUUAUUCAAUGACUUCUUGGGAGAGAGAUGACAUUCAAGCUAUUGCUAUGCCACCAGGCUUGUUUGAUGGUCUUGCAAAUCUUGAAGAAACGGAAUCUGAAUUAAACUACGAGAGAAAGUCUCACGGAUCUAGCAUUUUUGCAGAGAUCCAAAGGGAACUUAGGAUGGACAGACUAAAUGAAGCAAAGAAGCAUGCAGAGUCCCUAGCAUGGUGGAAUUCUUUGAAGUGCAAAAGGAGACCCAUUUACUCAACAGAUUUACGUGAUAUAGUCACUAUAAAAUAUCCAGUAAAUGACAUUCACAGUCAAAAUAACAAUCCAUUUACUUGGUCCUCUAAUCUUUCUCAUAUUGUACUGUCACCUGUUUCAAGAUUUCAACAGAUGGUCGAUCAGGUUGAAAGCUUUAUGUUCACAAUCCCUGCAGCACGUGCUCCAGCACCUGUUUGUUGGUGCAGCAAAAGUGGGACAUCUGUGUUCUUUCACCCAACUUUCAAGCAGAGGUGUUCUGAAGUACUUCUGCCCCUUCUAGCCCCUCUUCGCCCUGCAAUUGUCAGAAGACAACUGUACUUCCCUGACAGGCGGCUGAUACAGUUUGACUGUGGUAAGUUGCAACAGCUUUCAGUUCUGCUGAGGCGGUUGAAAUCAGAAGGCCACCGCGCAUUAAUUUUCACCCAAAUGACUAAGAUGCUUGAUGUUUUAGAAAAUUUUAUUAAUUUGUAUGGUUAUACUUACAUGCGCCUGGAUGGUUCCACUCCACCAGAAGAGAGACAAACCUUGAUGCAACGCUUCAACACAAACCCCAAAAUUUUUCUCUUUAUCCUAUCAACCCGCAGUGGAGGUGUUGGCAUUAAUUUGGUUGGUGCAGAUACAGUUAUAUUUUAUGACAGUGACUGGAAUCCAGCUAUGGACAGCCAGGCUCAGGAUCGUUGCCACAGGAUAGGACAGACGCGUGAAGUACAUAUUUAUCGAUUAAUCAGCGAGAGCACCAUUGAAGAGAAUAUUCUUAAAAAGGCAAAUCAGAAGCGUGCUCUUGAUGAUUUGGUCAUACAGAGUGGUGGCUAUAACACAGAAUUCUUAAAGAAGCUGGAUCCUCUGGAGCUGUUUUCGGAUCAUAGAACAUUUCCAUUGAAAAAUGCUCAAAAUGGGAAGAGCUCUGAUGGUGCCGAGGUUCCUCUCUCUAAUGCUGAUGUAGAGGCCGCUUUGAAGAAUGCUGAAGAUGAAGCUGAUUAUAUGGCACUGAAGAAAGUUGAACAAGAAGAUGAUCUGGACAAUCAGGAAUUUACAGAAGAAGCAGUUGCAAGGAUGGAGGAUGAUGAACUUGCUAAUGAUGAAGAGAUGAAGGCUGACGAGCAUUAUACUGAUGAUAAUAAUAAUAGUAAUAUUAAUAAAGAGAGGGCUGGUAUCUCAAAUGGUGGUGAUCUAAAUGAAGACCGGGCUAUCACAUUGGUUGGUAAAGAUGAAGAUGCUGAUGUGUUGGAUGAUGUAAAACAGAUGGCAGAGGCUGCUGCUGCGGCCGGUGCAGGGCAAGCAAUUUUGUCUUUUGAGAAUCAACUACGUCCAAUUGAUAGGUAUGUUGUGCGUUUUCUGGAGUUGUGGGACCCUAUCAUAGAUAAAACUGCAGUGGAGUUGCAAGAUCGUUUUGAAGAAACAGAAUGGGAACUUGAUCACUUAGAAAAGCUAAAGGAGGAUAUGGAAGCUGAUAUGGAUGAUGAUGAAGAGCCUUUAGUUUAUGAAAAAUGGGAUGCUGAUUUUGCAACUGAGGCUUACAGACAGCAUGUGGAGACAUUGGCUCAAAUUCAGUUGAAGGAAGAAUUGGAAUCUAAAGCUAGAGAGAAGGAGCUAGCUGAGUAUGAAAAUUCUAUUGGCAAUGAUGUUGUAGCUUCUUCUAAGCCCAAGCUAAAGAAGAAAUCAAAGAAAACAAAGUUCAAAUCUUUGAAGAAAGGUGGCCUAGGUGCUGAAUCAAAACCGAUGAAAGAUGAGUCACCAACUGAAUACAUGUCCACAGAUGAUGAGAUAUAUGAAGAGGUUGUCACCACCCCAGAAAUUGCAUCUGCACGCUCAGUUCAACCUAGGAAGCGUAAACAUGCAUCAUGUGGAGAGGAGUCUAAACAAUUGAAGAAGUCAAAAAAAUUCAAGAAGACUUCAGAGGUUUCUCCCCUAUGUCUAGAACUGUCAUUUCCGAUCCAGCAGGAUGAAUCUACUGAUUUAAAACAUCUUGAGAGGAACACAGUCGAUUCUGAAAUUAAGUCAUCAAGCAAGAGCAAGAUGGGAGGGAGAAUCACAAUUAACAUGAUGCCAGUAAAGCGCGUUCUUACUUUAAAACCAGAGAAGGUGAGAAAGAAAGGUUUAUCUAAAGAUUACUUUCCUUCUGCUGAUAAAUGGUUGCCACAAGAAGAUGCUAUAUUGUGUGCGGCUGUCCAUGAAUAUGGCCCUCACUGGAGUCUUGUUAGUGAUAUCUUGUAUGGAAUCACCGGUGGUGGAGUUUACACAGGGAGAUUUCGCCAUCCUGUUCAUUGCAAUGAAAGGUUUAGGGAACUCAUACACAGAUACAUUAUUUCUGCCCCUGAAGUUAUAAAUAGUGAUAAGGUUAACAAUAUUUGCACCGGAAAGGGCCUCCUAAAGGUAACCGAGGAGAACCUACAAACAUUGUUAGAUGUGGCCUUGGAAUUGCCAGAUCGUGAACCCCUCAUGCAAAGGCAUUUUUUUGCCCUUCUAUCAUCUGUCUGGAGGUCCAGGAAAAGUGGCACGUGCAUCAGUUCAUCUUCACAAAGUGGUUUCAGUUGUUUAAUGUUGAAAUCAAUGGUUGGUCGUUAUUAUUCUCAAAAUCCCAUCAGGCCACAGGCUAAAUUGGCAUUUACUAACCUUAGACAGUGUAGCAUAUUAGUAGGAGCUGCACUUAUGGAGAACCCCUGUAGACAGACUGAUAAGGCUGUCUCUAUCUCUAAACUGAAGAAAGAAGCCUCUGUUUUUUCUGAGGAGCGGUUGGAUGUUACUCUUGAACUUCAGGCAGAAAAAGAUGAUAAUGACAUCUCUAUCCCACAUCUCGUACGGCUUGAAAUACUUGGUCUUGAUUCACCUCCAUCAAAACUGCAUACAGCUGAAGAUAUCCACUUGAAGCCUUCCCAACACACAGCUGAAAACCGAUUUAGGGAUACAUUAAAUGCUUGCUUUGAAGGCUGUGGGGAUUGCCCAUCACUCACUUUUCCUACUGUGGAGUCCAAGCCAAAAACAGCAUCCAAACCACCAACUGCAGGAAAGAACAAACUAGCUCAUUCUGAAUCAGCAAGAACUUCCAAAUCAAAAUCCAAAAAGGCUCCAGUCAUGCAUACUGAUCCACAUACAGCUAUUGGAAAAGACCAAAGUCAAAUCUUCCAACCAACCGCAGCAUUAGAAGUCGGAAUACAUCAUCAUGAUUUUGAAAAUACCUUCACUCUCGACAUGAAUGACAAGGAUGAACUUGAUGUUGAGUGUAUAGAUCUUGUGCCCCACAUUUACACCCCUGGCUUGUUGUCUGGGCUAGAUGACUGUUCAACUUUCCUCGAAUUCACGGAUAUUGGAUAGUUUAGGAACAUCAUGUGUUCUUGAUGAGUCUAAUGUGAGAGUGGCUCGUAAUUAUGGAGAUACAAAGUGGGCAUGUGUUCCCAAACAGCUGGAGUUCCAUUGCAGGAUAAAUGACUGACAAUCAACACAGGAGGAGGCAUGAGUGGAUUAGUCAAGAAGCCGAAGCAUCUUAAAUCUGAGCUUAAAGUUUGGAAUAAGGAGGUGUUUUGGUAAUAUUUUUGAGGAGAUUCAGAAAUGUGAGCAAGAUGUUUUACAGGCUGAAAAAAACUUUGAGGAUUACCCUAGUGAUUCUAAUAGAGAAGAAUGGUUCUACAAGAAAGGUUUACUUAUUCAGAAGUAUAAGUAUGAGAGGAAAUUCUGGAAACAAAAAGAAAAAAUCCAUUGGUUAAAAGAGGGGGAUAUCAAUACUAACUUUUUCCAUUCCUUUGUUCAAACUAGAAGAAGAAAGCAGAGCAUUAUUUCCAUCAAAGAUCAGAAUGGUCAAACCUUGGAUUCUCCAUCAGUGAUUGGGAAGGCUGCAGUCAAAUUUUUCUCUGACCUGUACAUUGAAAAAGAAGGCAAUAUUAGUCAAGAUAUUCUUCAAUGCAUACCCAAAAUCAUUACUCAGGAGGAUAAUUUAAUGCUCACUAAAAUACCAGACAAUGAAGAAGUUAAAAAGGUUGUCUGUGAUCUCAAUCAGGACAGUGCUCCUCGCCCUCGCCCUGAUGGAUUUCAUGGUAAAUAUUUCAGGAAAUGUUGGGUCAUAAUGGGUAAAGAUGUGGUUAGAGUUGUUCACGAAUUCUUCAUUGGUCUCCCUAUACCUCAAGGUAUUGCUAAUUCUCUUAUUAUUAUGAUUCCUAAAUCUGAAAACAGUACAUUAUUUGGGGAUUUUAGACCUGUUUGUUUAUCAAACUUCAUCAGUAAGGUGUGUACUAAAGUUAUGCCCUCAAGACUUUGUGAUGUGCUUCCUAAAAUUAUCUCAGAAGAACAGAAUGGGUUUAUGGCUCAAAAAGAUAUUGCUGACCAAAUUUUGAUUGCUCAAGAAAUGGUGCACUGUAUUGAUAAGAAGAUUAGGGGCACUAAUCUGAUGGUCAAGUUGGAUAUGGCUAAAGCCUUUGAUAAGAUUUCCUGACAGUUUCUUUCAUCUAUUCCGACUAAAUUUGGGUUUUCAGCUCAAUUUACACAUCUGGUUAUGAAUAAUUUGAAAGCUACACACCUAUCAAUUCUGAUUAAUGGAUCCCCAUUUGGUUUUUUCAAACCAACUAGGGGUGUUAAACAAGGGGAUCCCCUGUCACCUUUUCUUUUUAUUAUUGCCUCUGAAGCUUUUUCAAGGGGGCUUAAGUGGAUGGUUGGGACAGGUAGGAUUAAGCCUUUCUGGAUGGGUAAGAAUGGUGUGCCUAUAUCUCACUUGGGCUUUGCUGAUGAUCUCCUUAUUUUUCUAAAUGGUGAGGCUAGAUCUCUGAUGAAUUUUAAAAGCUUUCUUAGUAGAUAUCAAGAGGCUUCUGGACAGGAGAUUAGCUUUGAGAAAAGUUCUAUCAUAUGUGGUAAAUCCAGUGUGGCAAGAAAGAAUAGAAUAAAAACAUUACUGGGUAUGAAGUUGGCAGAUCUCCCUAUUAAAUACCUUGGGGUUAAUCUUCAUAAAGGCAUUAAUAGGUAUAAAUAUUGUGGGAAUCUCAUAAAACAGUUUGAAACAAGUUGACCCCCCGGAAACAGAAAAAUAUUACUCAAGGUGGAAGAUUGAUUCUAAUCAAACAUGUUCUGAAUGCUAUUCCUAUGCACAUUCUUGCAGUUGACAAUUUACCUCGAAAGGUUAUUAAGACUAUAAACAAAAAAGUUGUCUUCUUUCUUUUGGGGCUCCUCAAAUCAUAUGAAGAAACAUCACCGGAUUUCUUGGUCUAAGCUUUGCCUCCCUACUUUGGAGGGGGGACUGGGGAUAAGAUCAUUAUCUGAUCUUGAGAAAGCUUAUUCUCUUAAGCUUUGGUGGAAGUGGAAGACAGGGGACUCACUUUGGACUCAAUUUAUUAAAAAGAAAUAUGAGAGAAAUGGAGCUAUGGUACCUAAAAUCACAGAUUCUGGCAUUUGGAGACGUCUAUGCUAUGUUAAUGAUCAUGCUACAGCCCUUGUUUCCUUUGAUGAUGCCGGGAACAUAACCUGGAAUAAUGAGAUACAUGGGUUUGAAGAAGUGAGAGAGCUCUCAUUCAGUUCAAUUAAGUUUCAGAAUAUUUGGGAAUCCAAGUUGGAGCUUAAAAUUAAAAUUUUACAAUGGAAAAUGGCAAAAUGUAUCCUGCCUAUUACAGAUAUGAUGGGGAGGUUUUCUAUGGCGCUUAAUCCCUCAAUAUGUCCUUUGUGCGGGAAGAAUAGGGAUACUAUGAAACAUUUGUUCUUUCAAUGUCCCCAGGUCUUACAGGUAUGGAGAUAUUUUAUGGGAAUCCCUUCACUACUUGAGUUCGAACAUCUUACAUUUGGAUCAGGAAGAUCAAUUGGCGAUACUAAAAGCCUGGUAGGAGUGUUCAGGAGGAAUAUUUUUGGUAUUAUAUGCUGGCACAUCUGGAAAAUAUACUCCAAUCAAAUUUGGGGGUCGGGGGGAACUGUCCCAACAUCGGAUCAAAUUAUUCUUCAAAUAAAAUUGUAUACUCAAGAUUGGGUGUUAAACAUCUCCAAUAUGAAAGUAAAAUCCGUGGGAAACAUUUUGUUUGAAGAGCAGCUUAUCCCUAAAGGAUUUAACUUAAUCAAACCUAGGAUCCAGGUGAUUCGUUAGAGGAAACCGAACAACAAAGGUAAAGUUAAUGUUGAUGCAAGUUACUUAUCUCAUAAAGUGGCCGAAGGUGCUAUCUACAGAAAUGAAAAGGGUGAGUUACUGGCUUCCAUUAGCUUUUGGCUUCAAGCUUCUUUGGCUUUGGAGGCGGAGCUCCUUGCUAUCCUCUUCGCAACGAAAUGGAUGGUUUAUCGAGGCUUUGAUGGGUUUAUGGUGGAAACUGAUUCGAUCUUAGCUCUGGAAUAUCUGGAGGAGGAGAAGAAAAGCCUAUGGAAGGAUAAGAUUUUGGAAAUCACGCAUAUGGCUAAAAGGAAACUGGUGGUUUUUGGACAUACUAUGCGAGAAGCAAACAAAGUGGCCCAUUAUCUAGCAACAGAAUGUGUGGACUCUUUCAGCUCUUAUGACAGCCCAAGAUCCCUACCUACUUUGGCUCGACGGGCCUUUUGGACAAACUAUUUUGGGAUUCCUUCCCUUCGUUAUUAAUUUCUUUUUAUUUUGAUUGUUAUUUUCUGAUGGGUCAGGUCCAGCCCCCCAUCAGUUUUUUCUUUAAUUUCUUUGGUGUUUUUUUGGGAAGGGAUGUCUUCCCUGUAAAGGUUUUUGGUCCAGCCCAAGUCCCCCUUUCUUUUGUAACUCUUUUUUAUUAAUAAAAUCCGGUAAAUGUCCCCCGACAUUUACCCCACUGAUUUUGGUGGUUUGUCUUCCGGGGUGGAAAA